UCCCUUUCGCCGCUCAACUUUCCGCUGACUUGUUAACGUGCGGCGCGCUGGUCAGCAACGAGCUGAAAACGAACACGGUGCAGACGUGGUACGACGAUCAUCAUCGAGCGUUGCAUCGCAGAAGCGCAUCGUCUCGCCGGUGCAUAACAUGUGGCGGCGGACCUUCAUCGCUACGGGUGUCGAGGCACCGUUGGACGAGUCCGCGCUGGACAGCACGUGUGGCUCUGAGUGCCGACGUGAGGACGCGAGCGCAAUCCGAGACAGGCGAGAUUGCAGGGCCCCGCUGGACACGCGCGUCGUCGCUGCGACGAGCCCCUCGCGCGCCCACAUGCCGCAUCGCGGGCCAGUCGAACGCCUGCGACACGCGGCCGAGCGACGUGCAGUGGUGCGCGCUGGGAGGACGCGUCUCCCACUGCGCCUUCCUCUUAUUCGCCGGUCAUCGCGUCCGCCAGUGCUGGCGAGCGCUCACACUGCCUUGGGCGUUCCACGCUGCCCUAUUCAAGGCCAAACCUCCUCACUUAUCGUGUACGCACUCAUUUCGGUCGCGCGCCACCUCAGCAACCUCGGGCGCGCUCGGGACCUCACCAGCUGCGCAGCGGCAGCGUCGCACCACUCACGGUCGUCCUCGCAGUGCCUUCUACGUAUGUAAUGCUCAAUCCAAUAUCCUCUUCCCUACGCUAUGACAUCCGUCCAUCUACCCAAAACCCCCUUCAAACCCAUCCCUGCGGUCUUGAUCAGCCCGGGCAGCCUGGC